AUGUUAGGGACCGCACUUCCAGGGCGGACACUGGGCGACCAGCAUGGUACUGCAGCAGGAUUCUCAUUAUCCGCAUCGCAUUUUGCCAUAUUUGCUGUAGCAGGUGUUGUCUUGUAUCUCUUGUACAACUGGGCCCUGCCUAAGCCGAUCGCCGGAAUCCCCUACAAUGUCGAAGCGACGAAGCGCUUACUGGGAGACAUCCCAUCCGUACUCGAUGGAAUCAAACGCACCGGCGAGUUCAACGCCUGGGUCAACGAGCAGGCGGACAAGUUCAAAUCACCACUCUUUCAAGUCUUCGUCCGUCCACUCGGCAAGCCAUUGUUGAUCCUCUCCGACUUUCGGGAAGCCCAAGACAUCCUCAUGCGGCGAAAGGACUUUGACCGGUCGUCCCUCGAUGCCGACCUCCUCGAGGGUGCGGGCCGCAACCACCACAUCCACCUCAAGACCGGCGACGAGUGGAAGAGGCAUCGCAGGCUCCUUCAGGACCUCAUGUCGCCGCAGUUCCUCAACGAAGUAGCGGCGCCGACGGUCUAUGCAGGGGUUUCCAGACUGAUCCAGCUGUGGAACGACAAGGCGCGGAUCGCAGAGGGCCGGCCAUUCUCUGUGGAGCUGGAUAUCUACUACGGUUCCCUGGACGCCGUCAUGACGUUUACGUUUGGCGGCAGCUUCCCUAGCAGCGCGCUGCGCCCAACGGCGGACCUCGUGAAGGGACUGGGUGCGGAGGAUAUCAGGCGUCUACGGGGUUCGAGUCUCAGUAGCGACGAAGCGCUGGAAUUUCCAACGGAAGAAUGCGACGAGAAGAUUCGAGCGACGCUCGGUGUAGCGAACUCGCUAGAGUAUCUCCAAGGUUCACCGAUUCCAAGACUCAAGUGGUGGUUCGUUGAGAGACUUCCCUCAUUACGUCGCGUCUUCCACGUCAAAAGAACCUAUGUGCGCGAGGAGAUCUACAAGGCUUCGAAUAGACUGCAGGAAGUUGGUGAUGAGGAGUCCAAGGUUCUAUCCGUUGUUGAGCUUGUUGUCCUCCGGGAGAAGAAGCUGGCAGAGAGCGAGGGCAGGGCUCCGGAUUUUUUCUCCGAGAUCAUGGUUGACGAGAUCUUUGGCGUAGUUGUCGCAGGACACGAUACAACCAGCACAACUAUGUGUUGGGGUAUCAAACUCUUUGCGGAUAACCCCCAGAAGCAGACCGACUUACGCGAAGCACUUCGAGCCACCUUCCCCGACGCCGUCGCCGAGCAACGCAGUCCUACCGUUAAGGAAAUUGCAGGAAACACGAAGGUUCCGUAUCUUGAUGCCGCCGUGGAAGAAAUUCUUCGAUGCGGCGGCGCCACCCCGCUCGUCGACCGCGAAGCAACCUGCGAUACCGAGCUGCUAGGACACCACAUCCCCAAGGGCACAGUCGUGAUGUGCCUGAACAAGGGCCACAGCAUGAUGAAGCCAGCAUUCAACGUCGAAGAGUCAAAUCGCAGCCAGAGCAGUCAGAGUGCGAAGGUCAGGGCUUGGGAUGACGAUGAUAUCGGGCAAUUCAAGCCGGAGCGUUGGCUCGUCAAAUCAUCCAAUGUUCCCGGCGGGGUCGAGUUUGACCAGCAGGCAGGACCCCAGCUAGCCUUUGGGCUGGGAACUCGCGGCUGUUUUGGGAGAAGGCUGGCGUAUCUGGAAUUAAGAAUCAUUCUGGCGCAGAUCGUGUGGAACUUUCAGCUUCUCCCGUGCCCGAGAGAAUUGUCUGGCUAUAGUGCCAGAGAGGGCCUGACAUACAAGCCGAAGGAUUGUUACGUGCGUCUACUAGCACUUGGAAACAAAUAG